AUGUCUGUCCAAAGACUGGACCGGAAAAGCGGCCAGGUCUACGAAGAACAGGCUAUGGCUCCUGCUUUGUCAUUCUCUAUGGGCCCAUCUUGGGUUCAUGAGAGCCCAUUCUGCUCGGUGGAUCGAGAUGCAAGAAACGAACGCGGCUCACCCUCGUUGAAAGAGUCUGCAAUGGAGCAGCUGGUUCUGUGUGAUCAGAGGAAUUUGACGCCCGACUUGUUUCGUCAUAUUCCAUGGCGUAUUGCAAGCAGUCUGUGGGAUUACCUUGGCAGACGCCAGAGGAGGACCUUAUAUAUGUGGAAAUUGUUUGCAAAAGCGUACCCGGCCCAAUUUCGAGGUGCUGCGAAAUACCGAUCCAUGAGGAUCAACCAGCCCCAGAUGCCAUUACGAGAUUACUGGAGCGUAGUCGAGAGCAAUUCUCUCAGCUGGCGAUUGGUCUUGGCCCUGACUACCUCGUUUGGCCGGGUACCAGAGCUUGUGGAGAUUGCUAAUAUCAAGAAUCUCAUUGCGCUGCAGAUCGCUACACCACUGCCUGUAACGCCGAUUUCAGACAACUCGGAAAGACAUGUGGCUGGGCUGAACGAUCGAAUCGCACGAACGUGGAGUGAGCUGGCGGAGUCUUCAGGAGCAUUUACCCAUCUUCGCGUUCUCAGAUUGUACUGUCAACCAGACCUUUCACCGGUGGGGAUACGGUACCUCAGCGCUCUUCCAGGCUUGUGUCUUAUAAUCGCCCAUGAGUGCCCUAAUCUCAAAUCCUGCCUCCAAGUUGAAAGCCUGGACAAAGCUCAGUGGGAAGUGACAACAAUCCCACAGUUUGUGGCCACAGAAGGCGACCGACUGAAUGGAUCUGAGCCUCGAACACUCUAUCAAUGCUAUCAGAGGAGUUUUCAUCCCAGCAGUGAUGGACAAGUGAUAGAAGAGGGCAUUCUAGACCGAGGCAUACCUAUUUUGGACUUUCGAAUCGGCCAAGAAGAGCCUGAGAUGGCAGCGGAUAAGCGAUUCGAAAACAGUCCUUCAAUCUACGGCGUGGUCUUCGUGAAGUUGCCGAUGCCCAGCCAAACACCGCUGAUUCCCCCGCAACGCCCCAUGUUUGACACCGCCUCAAGUGACCUGAGACCGAACUUGUCAUCCGCCUCUAUCCUUUCGGGAGGGUCAACUCCCCCGCCGGAUCAGCCCCCUCCCCCGCGCUCAGCCAUGGCGGACCAUCAGAAUCUUGAAGCUGUGGCAGACCACUCCAAUGGAUCCGCUAUUGCAUCGCCUCGAUCUAGUACCGAUUCACGCUCUCCGUCAACGCGUAGCCAGUCCCUUCGACUCAAUCACUCGAAUCAUUCGCAUCGCCAGAGCUUCAGCGAGAGUCUCCGAGCCGCACCUGGGUCUCCGCGCACACGCCGACAGCCGUCCUUCACCCAGGCAGCGAUUCAGAGUCUGAUCGAUAAUCCCCCUGCUCCGAAGGAUGUGAACCCCGCAUUUGCAGGCCGAGACUGGAGAGAAAUCUCCAUUGGGGAGCUUGUCAGGCCGGAUGAUUUGAGGUUUGUCGAGUUGGAUACUGGAAUUGAGGAAGCAACGAAUACACUGAUCGAUUCCAACGCCCCGGUACUGUUGAUUCGAGAGACCCCGCAACACAAAACAGCCGUGGGCACUUUCGAUUACUCGGAUCUUAAUGCAUACCUCCUACUUGCGGCCGGACUGACGCAGCCUAAUGAAGAACUUCGCGAGUCGUAUGAAGAACUGGCCAGGAAGGCAAGGGAAGGGCACAAAAUACCAUUGAAAGACGUGAAGGAGCUGAGCCGGAAUGAGCCACUGACCACGCUCUCCGCAUCGGCCAACUUGAUGACGGCUGUCGAGACGUUUGGCGGCGGGGUUCACCGCGUGGUCGUGGUGGAUGCACGCAAGGACGGGGAAGUGGUGGGAAUCUUCAGUCAAUUUCGACUGGUCAAGUUUCUAUGGGAGAAUGGCCGCAGCUUUCCCGUCAUCGAUCAGUUGUACCCUCAGUACCUCCGGGAUUUGGGCAUCGGGUCUCGCGAGGUGAUCUCCAUCAAUGGUGACAAGCACCUUUGCGAAGCGCUGCAAAUAAUGAACAGCGAAGGAAUCUCGUCCAUUGCCGUGGUUGAUAACCAUUCCAACGUGGUGGGCAACAUUUCUACAACGGAUGUCAAGCUCCUCACGAGAUCGUCAUCGCUGCCUCUUCUCUACAACACCUGCAUUCACUUCAUCUCGUUGAUCCUAUCCGCAAGAGGCCUCAUGGAAGGCAAAGACUCGUUUCCUGUGUUCUAUGUGAACCCCGGCUCGACUCUGGCGCACACGGUAGCCAAAGUGGUGGCCACCAAAUCUCAUCGAUUAUGGGUUACCGAUCCCCUGUCGCCCUCAUCGUCGGGACCACCUACACCAUCUCAUUCGAGCGUUCAGCUUCCUUUGGCGGCCAGCACCAACCCGACCCAGUCACCACCGCUGUCACCUCCCCCAAACACGGCCAACCUACCGUCUCCCAACUACAGCACUCCUCAUCUUCCUAGUCCGCCGCAACCAUUCAUGAAUGCGGCAGCCCUCACGCAUCCCGCAGCGUCGGUGGGAGUGCCACACGCGGUGGCGCCGUCGAUUCCAGCAUCUGCAUUACCCGGGGCCCGGUUGUCCGGUCGGCUCGUGGGGGUGGUGAGCCUGACGGACAUUCUGAACCUGCACGCGCGGGCCAGCGGAUUGAGCCCUGCUGAUCCGGCGGAGAGCCGCAGCCGACGGCGACGGAGCAGCAGCUCGAGCGUUAGUGUGCGCAAAAGCGGGGAUAUCGGACGCGAGCUGUUUAGUCGGCGGGAUUAG